AAUCAUGUUAGUCUCAGUGCGUCACAAGUUAGUGAGUAUGCCGAAUUCCAUCCGUUCGCGUGUAGUAUACCAUAGUGCUUCGUUAAUGUAAUGCGGCAAACCGAUAAUCCAGAAUGCCAGAGACGUCAAGGCACUCCUGGGAGAGUUUCGCCGAUUUGGACGGUUUGGAGGAGGCGAGAGAUAGUGUGCAUAAAAUUAAACGGAUUAGCCGUGACACUUUGUACGAUCUUCAAGAGCUCGAGCCAGAGAAAUCGUAUCGAUUAUCUUACUUAAGGGAACAAUUCAACUUCAAAGGCUUGGACGAAUUAUUCGAGCGCUACACUGAGAGAAUAAAUCAAGGAUACUUCUCAGUAUUUCUAAUACUGCAAUUUUUAUUCAGCGUGACCCAUUUCUCAAUUGUUUUCGGUGUAAACCUGGUCUCGCAAACCACCGAAUCCGUUCUUCCCGAUUUAAUACUUUACGGUAUCACGGGAUGUUUGUCCGUAGGAAUUCUGAUGAUGAACGAGCGAUAUUUGAAGCAUAAAUUUUACAUUGUAAGAUACGUCGGAUUUCUUAUGUUAAUUCUUGUGUACAUCUCCGAUUGGUCUGUGCCGGUAUAUGGUGUAUACAGGAAUGAUCCACAUCUGCGACCGGCCUACGUCACCCAUAUACUUAUUGUGAUAUUCUGUUUCCUGGGUAUUGCCAGUGAUUUGCUGGUAUGCACGCUUGGAUUGGUUGUGACGCUUACCCACUUGCUGACUCUGGCCUUCGUAACGUAUAGCGAUUACACCUACUUCUGGCAGAGACUUGGAUCAGACUGCAUAUUUUUGCUGUCCAUAAAUGUGAUUGGGCUUUACUACCGCUGGGCGAGCGAGUUGAACAAGCGAAGAGCCUUUUUGGAUCACAGAGCUUGCGUGGAAGCUACCUUGAAACUAACAUUCGACAAGGAACAAGAGGAGCACCUGAUGUUGAGCAUAAUUCCAAAGCAUACAAUAGAUAAGGUACGCAAGGAUAUUUUGCGCAAAAUUGAAAUCGUGGAACGGAUGGAGAAUAUUCCGCGCAGUGAUCCGAUGGAAAUACCGUACGUGCAAGAAUACGACAACGUAACCAUUUUAUACGCAGACAUUGUUAAUUAUACUGCCAUGACAACCAAGUUACCUGUAAUCAAGCUGGUUGAUGUUUUGAACGAGCUCUUCACUGGAUUUGAUGAUGCCUCUGAGCAAUUAAAUGUGUUGCGGAUUAAGUUUCUGGGAGAUUGUUACUACGGCGUGGCUGGCUUACCACCGAACCCAGCACCGAACCACGCCGAAGCUUGUGUGGAUUUGGCCUUGAAGAUGAUCUCAAUUAUUCGCACAGUCAGGUAA